UACCCGAACAAAUCCUCAAUUACAAGGACGCGUCACCGAAGCCACGCCACCGCUUUUAAAUCCCCGCAGGCCGCAGCCCAGUACCGAACGGAUCGAGCUCCCCAUUCCCCCCGCCUCCGUCCAUACCCAUCCCUCCCUAGGGUUUUCAGCUUCCAGAAGCUUCCACGCCAAUGGCCACCGACGAGCUCGCCGCCGCGCCGGCCCCGGCCCCCUCGGCCCCCGGCGACCAGUCCGCCGCCGCGUUCUCGUUCAGCAUCUGGCCGCCGACGCAGCGCACGCGGGACGCCGUGGUGCGGCGCCUGGUGGAGACGCUCGCGGGGGACACCAUCCUCUGCAAGCGCUACGGCGCCGUGCCGGCCGCCGACGCCGAGCCCGCGGCGCGCGCCAUCGAGGCCGAGGCCUUCGACGCCGCGGCCGCCACAGGCGGGGCCGCCGCAUCCGUGGAGGAGGGGAUCGAGGCGCUGCAGUUCUACUCCAAGGAGGUCAGCCGCCGCCUCCUCGACUUCGUCAAGUCCCGCGCCGCGGACGCCAAGGCAGAGGCGCCGUCGGAGGAGGCCGCCCCCGCCGCGGCUGAGGGCGAGGCGGCGUGAGCGCUGCCCCGGGCAGCCAUUGCGUUUUCUAUUUUUCCUGCAUCUGGAAUUGGUGUGAAGGCUGAUGUAGCCUGUGGCUUUGGUCUGCAUCUAUGCAGUUCCUGUCCUUCGAUCGAUGAAUAGCUUUCUUUAGUGCGUGCUGUGUUUUACCUGCAAUUUGUGUCUCUGAGCAAGGAUUAUGUUCCGUUCGUCUGCUGUGAUGCGUGUCAAGAUACACCCGGGAUAUCUGUCCCUAAGAUUUGCAGAUCAA